AUGCAAUACAUAAUUGGAGGAACCAAGCACGAUGAUGCAGUUGUCACCAAAUGCAUUUUCAAGGAACCCAUUUUGUCUGUUGCGCUGGACAAUGGAGAGGUACACGUUCUCAACGUCGAGAAUGAGGAGACAAUGGUACUUCACGGCCACGCAUCGGCAGUAUGGGCACUAGAGAGCGACGGAGGCCGAAUUGCCAGCGGAGACAGUGGUGAGUCUCCAGAGAUACGAAUGUGGAAUCUCAUGCAAGGAGGAGCUUGCACGCAUGUGCUCAAAGGACACCGGGCUACCAUUCGAGCCUUGCAGCUCCUGUCAGACGGGAACACUCUCGUGUCUGCGUCAAAAGACGGUAUUAUCAAGGUCUGGAGUCUGGAAAAGUCCGAGUGCAUUCAAGAGCUUAGCGCACACGAAGGUGCUGUGAGAUGUCUUGGCGUUGACCAAAGUCGACAUCUGCUUGUCUCCGGCAGUUCAGACCGCACUGUUCGCGUUUGGGAUUUAAAAAACGGGUUCAACUGUGAGAGGGUAUUGCGAGGCCACGUGGGCACAAUUUUCUGUCUAGGUGUUCAAAGUGAAAAAGGAAUUGUUGCUUCCGGUGGCGAGAAGGGCAUGCUCAUGCUCUGGAAUAUCGAAGAUGGCGUGAUUUGCUCUCUGCAGUUCUUCAACUACGGUAUUGCAGGACGACAUUCCACUGGAUAUAUUUCGACAUGGUCACUGGAGCCGACGAUUGGUCUUACUGCCUCUGUUGCUUCACACUUACCUGGCGCUACCUGCAGCGAUGCUGCAGGAAACUACAUUGUUUCAGGCGGCAAGGAUCACCAAAUCAAGAUCUGGUGUCCGCAGGAAAGCUCAGAGCCUAUAACGCUAUCUCCAAAAUAUUUGGCAAUUUGGGCAGUGGCCCUUGUGGGCUCUAAUCGAGUUGCCGUUGCUGCAAGCCGUGACGGGUUUGCACUAGUUGAGAUGUUAUCAUUUCAAGGACGUUAG